AUGGAAAUCCUCAGGGACGAACGCCGUCGAAGCUUUCAGGAGCUCCGUGUGCGGCGGGCGGCGCGGGUCACUCCGUCACAUGCGGCGGCGGGGAAGGUGCUGAGACGUCAUUGGGGUGGCCCAUCCCUGGUACCUUGCUGCAUGGAGGCCUCAGCAGCGCCGCCACGUGCGGCACGCCGAUUACAUACGAGGCUGGCAGCUGAAGAGCCAAGGUUUCGCGCGUCUCGCCCGGUGCCAUCGCCUGCAUCACCUGCCAGUGCGGUGGUGGAGUCGGUGGACCCGGUCGCCCGAAACACGUCCAUUUCAGAGGCAGAGACGCAUGCGCCAGGUGAAGUGGAUUCCUUUCAGGGCGACAAGGUCGUGGUGCAGGUCGUUGCAACUGUUCCAGCAGUGAGACCCCCAGCCACGCCAGUGCCAGCAGUGCCCGAUCUGGAUUCGAGGUGGGAUGACUUGAUCCAGCGGAUUGCGAUCCUUCCGGUUGUCAUGGUAGGUGAAGAACUCGGCAUUCCUAUCACAAGGGACCUGCCACGAGGGAGACUGGCGGCCCGCAGCCGAGCCCUGAGGUCGAGUGAAAAGUCUCCAGCUUCACGAAGAGGCGGUCAUCCCUCAGCCAAAUAG